UUACCGCAACCACUGAUCGUAGAGAAAUGGUGCUCCGCAUUGGCAUGAUGAGCGACAUCCAGUACGCUGAGAAGGAGGACAGGAUUGUCGAGCAGACGGGAAAGCUCCGAAGCUAUAGCAAAGUGCUCUCCAAGGUUGAUGAAGGUGUGAAACACCUCAACAGUAGCGGAGUGUCUGCGGUGGUGCACCUAGGGGACAUCAUUGACGGACAAGAGCAUCUAGGGCAAACGCACAAGGAAUUAGACACCGUCUUGGAGCACCUCUCGCGGUUGCAGAGUCCCCUGCACCACGUCAUUGGGAAUCAUUGCAUGAUGGCAGACUCCAACUACUUGUUGCAGAAGCUCGAUUUGACCAGAGGCACGUACUACGUUCGCGACCUCGCUCCUCAAUGGCGUCUCAUUGUUCUGGACACUGUUGAGGUCUCUCUCCGCUCUACUUGGUAUAAACACGUAAACAUGGCCAAGCACUAUUUGGCAACGCACCAAGGGGAACCCAACGCGCAAGAGUGGAAUGGUACAAUAGGACCAGAGCAGAUGGUAUGGCUGGAGAACAAGCUCCGAGACUCUGAACGGGAGGGCCGCACUGCCAUCGUGUGCGGACACCUGCCGAUCGUGGCGGAGGCUUCAGGCCCGGAGCAUGUCAUGUGGCACCAUGACAGGUUGCUUGACUUGUUCCGGACGUAUUCUGGUACUGUGAAGGCUUACUUUUCCGGGCAUUACCAUCCAGGUGGGUACGCCAAGAAGGAUGACGUGCAUCAUGUGACAUUAGAGGCGAUUUUGGAUUCGGACAAGGAAGAAGGGGCCUCCGCGGUUGUCGAAUUGCACGACUCAUGGAUUUCUAUUGAUGGAAUAGGGAGCCUGACUGCGCGUCGGUUAUCCACCCGCUAG